AUGCCAAAAAUCACAGGUAACUUUGACUAUAGAAACCGUUCUGACAUCAACGACCGAGGUUCACCACCCCUGACCACCAUCAUCCCUCUAAUCAGAGUUCCUUCGAACUGUCAGAGGAACAUCAACCUGUUGGUCACAGAUGCAGAUGGAGACGACGUCAGAUGCAGAUAUGCAGCUGAUCCAGAGUGUAACACCUGCACUCCUCCAUCUGUCCUCAACGUUUCAUCAUCUUGUUCUCUGUCAUUCAGUCCCACUAACAGCAGUGAUGAAGGUCCGUAUGCGGUUCAGAUGGUGGUGGAGGAUUUUCCCACACAGAACAUCACUCUGACUGAUAUCUUUGAUUCACAAGUGGUGAAAACUCCCAGCGACGCCAUGAGCAGCAUCCCUGUCCAGUUUGUUUUCAGAGUGGAUCCUGCAGCUCCGUCCUGCACAGCAGGUGAAUAUCUGCCCAGGUUUCUGCCUCCAACUCCUGAGAACGGAGAUCAGUUCUACAUCGAUUUUAACGAGACUCUGGAAAUCAGCGUCAGAGCAGAAGCGACCCAGGCUGAGACCACUGAGCUCCUGUUCAGCGGACCGCCAGGUGUAACCAAGAGUUCAUCAGGAUCAGGAAACUUCACCCUGACAUGGACACCAAUUGACAGUGACAGAGGACUGAACAAAACUCUCUGCUUUGUUGUCCAAGCAAACUCCUCUGGCUCUGUGUACCAGUCUGACCUUCGAUGCGUCUUUGUGACGGCUGGAGAAAGUCCAACAACUGUUUCCCCUCCGUCUACGACUACAACCAACCAACCCACCACUACAACUGAACCUCCUACAACCUUCAUCAGACCCAGGACCAUAUUAUGUUUUGGCUCUGAAUGCAAAGCUCUCCACCUCACUAUCACUGGAGUCUGACUCUGCAACCAUCAUGAACCUGAUCAAAGAGGAGCUGAGAAGACAAGGACUGCCUUCUGACAUAAUAGUAAAGCUGCUGAGCAGUGGCGCAGUGAGAGCUACAACUCCUGCCCCCUAGUGGCUAAAAAUGAGAACAAGUCUGAUCCUCCCAGGGAAAUGUGUUUUCUAUAGCCACUCAUCUUUCUUUCUUCAUCUAUCAUGGAGUAAAACUUAUUUUAAUUAAUGCAAAUGAAAAGUUAAUAUUGUUGUCUUGAAUGUGAACAAAUACUGUAAAGUCAAAAUGUUCUUAAGCAUAUAAUUUCUAAUUGUUUGUCAAUAAAAGCAAACAGAAUAAAUCAGAAUAAUAAACAGAAUGAAAUGAUAUGGUACAACUGUUUCUUGGACAAAUAACAUCAAGUCUUUUAAAACAGACAUGAAUGAUCUUUCACAUUGUUUAUGUCUCUGAAUCCCAGACUCCUUUCAUGAUGGUAAAAUAAAGUUUUUCUGCUUUCCUU